AUGUUCAACCUGAUGAGCAACUGCUGCAGCUGGGUCUCCAAAUUCCAGCAACCCGUUCGGAAGGUCACUGUGCUGGUUGUUGGUCUUGACAACGCAGGAAAAACGUCCAUGAUCCGGGGGAUCAUGAAAGUUUUUCCGGGCGAAGUAAGCCCCACGCAGGGGUGCGUUCGCACAGAGCUGAGAGUGGACAACUUCCUGGUGACCUUGCUGGACAUGGCCGGCGCUCCUGAGUCGCGGGCGGCCUGGAGGGACCACUACAGCGAAGCCCACGGGAUUGUGUUUGUGGUGGACUCCAGCGACAGAGCGCGGAUUCGGGUGGUCCGGGAGGUCCUGGCGGACCUGCUGAAGCAGCCCAGGGUCGCAGGCAAGCCACUCCUCGUGCUGGCUAACAAGCAAGACAAGAUGGGUGCUCUAAUGGGAAGUGAGUUGAUCGAAGCCCUAACCUUGGAGAAGCUGGUCAAUCACAGCCGGUCUCUAUGCCAUAUUGAACCAUGCUCCGCCCUGCUGGACGUCCGGAGGUGGUCGGACAGGAAGACGCUGCAGGGUCUGCGAUGGCUACUGCGAGCUGUGUCUCUGGACUACCCCGAACUGUGUGCCCGCGUGACACGGGAUAGCAGGCAGCCCCGGGACCCAGAGGAAAAAAACAGGCGUGGCAAGAAUGAGAAGGGACGCGCCAAGCCCAAAGAGGACAGACUCCACACCAGCAAGCCUGAAAUUGGCCAAGCUCAGUGGCCCCCGAAAGAAAAGGUACCUCAGCCUAGGAGCAAACUGGAGCCCAUUCAAACUGUCCUGGAAAAGGAAAACGCUUUGAAGAAGAAGAUGAAAAGGAAGCAGCAGGUGAAUAUUAAAGAUGCCAUGAAGAAGAGCGCUGGCAAGAGGGAGGAAGAGGAGGAGGUGGGGGACGCAGAGGCAGAGCAAGAACAGGGCGGGCGGAAAGAGAAAGCCAGCACUGCCCUUAUACCGCGCAACAGCGCAAAGCUGACCUGCAAAGCCAGAGUGAAAGAAGAGACUUCGGAGCACCCGGAGUCCCCUGACAACGUGGAAUCAAAGACAGAGAAAGGAAAAGGGGAAAAGAAAAAAAAGAGAAAAAAGGUGAAAGUGAAGAGGAAAAACAAAAUUAAUACUGAACAGAUUCCAGCAGGAUAUUCACAACCAGUGGACCUUUCUGCUACUUUUGACCUCUACAGAAAAGCCAUCUUGGCUCUGAAAGCUCGCCAGGACCAGGGACACUGAGACACUUCCCCCAGUGUGGGGGGUGUGAUGCUACUACCUGCUGAGCCCUUCAGGUCUCAGAAUGCUUGUAGUCUUAUGACCAAGAGACUCAAAUGACUUGUGUGUCUACUCCGUAUGUCUCCCACUAGGUGGGAAUAUCACUCUUACUCAUUUCUUACUCAUUCUACAGAAAUGAGUAAGAGUGACAUUCCCACAUAGUACAAAAGCAGUGUGAAGAAACAUGGAAAGAGCUGGUCCCAUCUUAAGUCCCUGUUUUCACUAUUCCGAAAUUUAAAAUGAGUACAUAAUCAUAGGCCUAAUUUUUAAAUACACAUUCUGAAAUCAGGGGCCUGAAUCUGGGGUCAUUUAGGAGGUCCAAUAUUAAUUUGAUCAAAAAUGCCUGUGAAAGGCAGGUAACUACCCUCAUACUUCCUGCCCUUUAAAUAUUUAUAAUAGGUUAUGUUCUAUUCUUACAAUUCAACAAAUAAUUUGUAUAGAAUUACUGUAUAAAAACAAGAAGCCUCAGCCAGGUGGAUAAUUACGUUGUGAAAACACUUAGAUCGUCAUACUGCACUGACACUGUACUUUUUCAACUACUAGUUUACAGGGUCAAACUGAGAUUGUAGUGUAGAAGUACAUGGCCAAACUUUACACAUUUUUUAUUAAAUGUACACCAUUGCAGUAGAUUUGUGGUUUUGUGUAAUAGCUAUACUUAGGCUUUGCCAUCCUGAUUUUCUUUUGUAUUACUGCUUUUUUAAAAUAACAUAUGUCCUGAGAAGACUUUGACAUGUGAAGAGUAAUAAGCAUAAUGAUUUUAGAAAAGCUUGACAAUAUCUCUUUACAGUGUCAUUUGCAACAUUAGGUUGUAUUCUCUGAAGGCACUUCUUCAGAAAUCAGGAAAAUUGUAUAAAAUUGGUAAGUUGCACCA